AUCGACAAAAACUGAAGCAUUAAUGCCAAUGGGGGGAUGAAAACCGGAUGAGAGUGAAUAAGUGGCAAGAUACCUGAAGCAAGGAUGAUAAAAGAGGCAGGGCAAGGACGAGUGAAUAUCAAAUUUCAAUAGAAUGGUUGAAGAACGUACUUACCUACCAGCAGAAGAUUUCUGUUUUACAACUGAUGUCGAUCUCAGUCAAACCUGGAACUUUAGACCCUAGCUGUUCGAGAUGUCCCGAUACUUGAGUUCUACCAACUCGACAGACUCGGCGAACAUGAUGAGAUAUCUCAAGGAAAGGCAAUGCAGUCAGCUUCUACGUCAUGCAAUGAGCUCAUAUUUUCAAGCAAUUGCGAAGGCUCGGCAAGAAAACGAUUUCGAUCGGCUAGCUUACCUAGAGGACCCCAAGAGCUUUUUCCUGGAUCAUUUCUCGUACAUUCACUCUGAGUCCGAUCAGCAACAGCAGGAGGAGCCAGACCAUCGUUUGAAGACUGUUGACGGCCCGUCAAACAGCAACAUCAGGUGGAGCCUGCGACCUACUAGUGCUGGCGGUUGGCAGGCAAGACAACCAACGCAAGAUGUCAAGGCCAAGACAGCUCCUCCGGCAGUCAACGAAAACGAAGGCGAGUUAGUCAAGCAGAUAGCAAUCGAACAGUUGCAACAACAAUUUGACGACGAGACGACAAAAGUGAAAGAGUUGGAAGCUCGGUUGGCAGAACUUCAUGAGAUGAAGAGGAUGAAAGAAUCAGAAGUUUAGAUUGAGAGUUGAAGAUGCAACCAUGACAGUUGUAUUAUAUCAC